AUGGAUUCAUUACUUAAACAAGGAGAAGAAUUGUACAAAUCAGGUCAAAUUACCCAAGAAGACGCUAAGGACGCUUUUCAAGCAUUUUCUAAGGGUGAUAAUUUCCAAGAUAGUGCUAAAGAUGCAUACUCUGCUUACCAAGAGAAUCACAAGGGGGGUGAAAAGAAAGGGGACAAAGCUGAUUCUAAGGAUGAAAAAUCUGAAUCAAAGUAA